AUGUCACAUAUGUUUUUUGCAGUGAUCGAAUGUUAUCUUCAAACAAAUCAGACAAUAAUGUCAUUUGAUUCAAUAUCAUCCGGUGCAACAGGAUGUUUUCCUCGACGUGCACAUACAAUUACAGCAACAGAUGAAGCACAUGCUCAUACUGUAACUGUUUAUAUGCAUAGUUUCAAUCCAGAUUGUGAAAAUGAUAAAAUGAUUGUAGAAGUUCAUAAAAGAUGUACAACAGAGGAAUUGAUUGAAAAAGUGUUAGCAAAAAGAACAGGUACAAUGAUAUUUUAUGAUCAAAUCAAAAAGUGUUCUAAUUUUCAGAAUUAGAAGGACAAGCUGUUCAAGAUUUUGAUUUAUUUGAAAUGAUGGGAACACCAGAUGGACAAACAUAUAAAGAACGACGAUUAGAUCCUGGAGAAUAUCCAGUUUCAGUUCAAGCAAUAUGGUCAAGAAUGCCAAUUGAUUCAGUUACUCCAAAAAAUCGAUUUGUAUUUCGACAUCGUGGAUAUCGAGCUGCAACUGGAGGAACAAGAUAUGGAUCAGCUGAAGUUGCAUCAAGUAUUGAUGCUUUUCUUACAAAAUUUUUAUCUCAACCACAAGAUCGAGAAUAUGCUGAUUUGUGCAUGUUACCUGAAUUAACUGAACAAACAUUGUUAGAUAAUUUGAGAGAACGGUUUAAUAAUGGCCAUAUUUAUACAUAUAUUGGUCCUAUUUUAGUUGCAGUCAAUCCAUUUUGGUAUGUUCAAUUUAGAAAAAAUUAGAUGAUAUGAAAAAGGUUUCUCUUUCAGUUUCUUCCCGAUUUAUAACCCAAAAUAUGCUCGAUUAUAUUUUCAAAGUCGUCGAUUAGGAGCUCUACCACCACAUAUUUUUGCAAUCGCUGAUGUUUGUUAUCACAAGUAAGUCAGCAUAGGAUGAAAUUAAAACAGUUCUGUUCGAAAACCGAUCUCGGAACAACCAAUUUCACUUCCAGUUUCAUGUUUUAAACUUCCAAGAGCUAAAAAAAACUACAGUAAUCUAACACUGCCUAUUACAGUAUGCUUCGAAUAAAAGAAAAUCAAUGUGUUGUGAUAAGUGGUGAAAGUGGUUCAGGAAAAACCGAAUCUACAAAUCAUUUGAUGUCUCAUUUAAUAUCAUUAUCACAAAAAGGAUCAACUGGAUGUAGCACAGAACAAACACUUUUAUCAGCUGGACCCGUUCUUGAGGUAUUCCUUUUUAUAUGUUCUAUUUCAUUUCAAUUAUUUAUUUCCAGGCUUUUGGUAAUGCUGUAACUUUGACAAAUAAUAAUUCAAGUCGAUUCGGAAAGUUUAUAAAAAUAAAUUAUCGUGAAAAUGGAAUGGUAUCAGGUGCAAAUGUUGAAAUUUAUUUGCUCGAAAAAUCGAGAAUUAUUUUCCAAGCAAAGGGCGAAAGAAAUUAUCAUGUAUUUUAUUAUCUUUUGGAAGGAACCGAUGUUGAAGAAAGACAAAAAUAUUAUUUAUUAUCACCGAAAGAUUAUAAAUAUUUGAAUCAAAAUGAACCAUUUGCUCCAGAAGGUGUUAACGAGAAAAAUGAAUUCGAUCGAUUAAGACACGCAAUGUCUUCUGUUGGAUUUUGUGCUGAAACUCAAAAAACAAUAUUUGGAAUUAUUUCGGCUGUUUUACUUCUUGGAAAUAUAACAUAUAUUAAAAGACAUGGAUAUCAUAGUGAUGAAAGUGGAUAUAUUGAAAAUGAAGAAGUUGUUGAUUUGGUUGCUAAAUUAUUACAUAUCAAAACAGAAACUCUUAUGCAAGCAUUGACUAUGAAAAGACAUGUUAUGAAAAAUGAAACUGUAGUUUUGAGGUAUAGUGUAUCAGAGGUAAGAAACGAACUUUUCGGAAAACAAAAAAAAGCCACGUGAAUGUUCCAGGCAACAAAUACUCGAAAUGCAAUGGCAAAAUGUAUUUAUAAUUCACUUUUUCACUAUAUUGUUCUUCGGAUAAAUCAAGCAUUAUUGAAAAAAGAUUCAGCAGCUGGAAAAGGGUAUUAUAUUGGAAUUUUGGAUAUUUUUGGAUUUGAAGAUGUUGGAGCACAAUGGAAUAGUUUUGAACAACUUUGUAUUAAUUAUGCAAAUGAAAAACUUCAAUCAUAUUUCAAUCAACAUAUUUUUCAAUUUGAACAAGAAGAAUAUUUGAAAGAAGGAAUUUCAUGGACAAAUAUCGAAUAUACAGAUAAUACUGAAUGUGUUCAAUUAUUUCAGGUUAGUUAUUUUCAUCAAGUUAUUUUCCAGAAUAUAUUUUUAGAGUAAACCAUAUGGUGUUCUUCGACUUAUUGAUGAAGAAAGUAAUAUAAACAAUGGAACUGAUGAUUCUAUGUUAGCAAAAUUGAAUCAAUUUUUGAAAACAAAUGAUUAUUAUGAAACUCCACAGAAAAAAGAGCCAGCUUUUAUAAUAGCUCAUUAUGCGGGAAAAGUGAAAUAUCAAAUAAAUGGAUUCAGAGAAAAGAAUAAGGAUUUGAUGAGACAAGAUGUAUUGAAUGCAUUAAAAUCAAGUAGAAGUUCAGUUAUGAAAACACUUUUGGGAAUUGAUCCAGUCGCUGUUCAUCGAUGGAAUGUUCUUCGAAGUGUUUUUCGAGCAAUGAAUGCAUUUAAACAAUCAGCAAGAAGAUUACAAAGAAGUGAAUCAGCUGGACAUCUUCAAGUUACUGGAAGUAUUGCAAAUUCAACAAGAAGAGGAUCUGAUUCAGCAUUAUCUGCAUUUCUUCGAGGUGAAUUACGUUGUGAAGUUCCUGAAUUUUGUGAUACAAGUAUGUUUAAUACGAUUCGAAAUCAAGCAAGAAGAACACCAGCAGCAAAAUCAGAUGAUAAAAUGAGUUUAUUGAAAUCUCUUCAAAUUUUGAAAGAAGCAAUUGGUGCAAGAAGAUUAGCAAAGAAACCAUCAUCGGUUUCAAAACAAUUUGAAUAUUCAUUAACUCGUUUAAUGAGUACAUUAGGAAAUGCAACACCGUAUUUUAUAAGAUGUAUCAAAAGUAAUAAUGAUAAAAUAGCAAAUCAUUUUGAUGAUAAUAUUAUUCUUCGACAAUUGAGAUAUACUGGAAUGUUGGAAACUGUUCGAAUUCGUCGUGCUGGUUAUUCAGUUCGUAUUGAAUAUGAUAGUUUUGUCAAACAAUAUCGAAUACUUUUGAGAAAUGGAAGAGAAAGUACUGUAGAAGAUGUCAAAGAUUUUCUGAAAGGACAUAGUGAAAAUAUUCAAUUUGGAACAAAUAAAAUAUUUAUGAGAGAUGCUGAAAAACUGAUAUUGGAUGAUAUUUUACAUCGAACAAUAAUGCAACAUAUCGAUACAUUACAAAGAUGGUUUAGAACAAUGUUAGCAAGAAAAAGAUAUUUGAAAAUGAAAGAAGGAGUUGUGAAAAUACAAGCAUUGAUAAGAGGAACAAUUGCUAGAAAUGAAGUUCGAAAAAAAGCAUUAGCUGCUCAAAAAAUUCAAUCAAAUUGGAAAAAAUAUCGAGAUCAAAAAAGAUAUCAAAAAUUAAAGGAUAGUAUAAUUGCAAUACAAAGUGCGUAUAGAGGAAAAAAGGAGCGACAAAGAAUUGGAGAAAUUCCAAAAAACACAUCCGGUGUUAAAAAAACAUCAUUCAAAGUGAAAAAAGUGCAAGCUGUCAAAUUGACCACAUUUGAUCUUAAUAAUCCAGCAACAUUAGCACAAUUUGCUGAUUCGGAAGAUGAUUCAGAUAGUGACAAAUCAACACAAGAUGGUUUAGAUGAUGAUAUUUCAGAGGCUUCUGAUGCAUUUCAAGAGUUAGUUUUUUUUUUCAAAAAAAUUUUUUUGAGCAAAUAAAUAAAUAAUAAUAAAUUACAGUGACGAUCAAGUUGAUGUUGAUGCAACUUUUAUUUUGGAAGAUACAAAACUAAAACUCAUUGAAGGUGCUGAUUUAUCUCAACCACGAAGACAAUCAUUAGCACCAACAGCAUCGACAACAAAAUUGAAAAUGUUGAGAAGAGCAAACAGCACAGAAUCUAAUAAUUUUUCAAUUUCUCGGAAUGAUGAUACAUUCACGGUAUGUUGAAGGGAGGAGAUAUCUAAUUGUAAACGAGAAAUUUAAACGAUCUCUUGUAAUGUCCUGAUUUUUAGAAAACAAUUAUAAUUUUCUCGCAACUUCUCGAAAACAAUAAAGCACGCAAAUACUCCUUCCCAAAAAAAAUUUACUCUGACUUUUUAAAAAAAUUAUAUAAUCUCGGUACGGUACGAGUUCUAGCUCCAAAAAAUUGAAAUUCCCAAAUUCCCAAAUUUACUAUUUUUCAUUUUUAUCAUGAUUAAAUUUCAGUUGAGCCCAACAAAUUCAAAAAAGAAAUCAGGUGGAUCAUCAAAAAUGGGUUUCCAAAAAGCGAAAAACAAUCUGAAAGCAUUAUUUGGUCGAAAAAUAGAAGAUGAUGAACCAUCUCCUGGACCAAGUUUCAGCAGUGAAUUAACUCCGGAUAUUUUUGUAUCAAGAGAACAUUCAUUCAAAAUGUCACGUUUACAUCGACAAGAAAUUUGUGCUUUAUGCAAUAGGCAUCUUACGGGUUUUAUUUCUCAGGCACACAAAUGUUCAAGUGAGUAAAUAUUUUUAAAAAUAUUUGGAAAAAAGUGUUUCAACUGUAUUUCAGAAUGCAAAAUGUGCCUACAUAAAGAAUGCGCAGCAUUUGCUUCUUCAAUUCCUUGUACUCCAGUUUCACCAGUUCGAUCUCCAACAAGAUUACAUUCACCAAAAAGGCCUUGGGAUCUUAUGUCUCAUAAUAAAAGACAAUCAUCUUCACCAAUUCCAGCAACAACAGGAACGUUUAGUUUGACAAAAACAAAACAACAAACAGAUCCAGGAAAUAUGGUUGUAGAAUCGACUGAAGAUUUACGACAAUUUAGUGUUUUUAUUUUUAAUAAAACUACUAAUUUGGGAACAGUUAACACAAAUAAACGGUAGGAUUUUCGAAAAAAAAAAUGAAAUUUAUUUAUUUAAAUAAACUAAAUAUUUUUCAGUGAUACCGUAGUCGAUGCAGUUUUCAAAAAAUCGCUUCGAGCUUUUCAUAUGGAAUUACUCGGUUAUGAAGCUGUUUUAACGGUAAUCUAAAAAAAAUACAGUAACCCAUAAUCAACCUUUUUUCACAGGCGGAAGGAUCUGUUUUGAAAUAUCGUGAUAUGAUAACAAUGUUUGAAGGACUUUUAACUAAAACUUGUAAAGAAGAAACAGUUUCAUUUCCAACAACUCUUGGUGUAAAUGCUUUUCGAGGAUUUUUGAAUGAAUUUAUGCAACAACAAUCAAAAAAAAAACGAGGAAAAGAGAAAUCAUCGAUGAUAAAAGUGAGAUUUUUAUUCGAAUUUGUUUUUUUUUUGUGCAUCAAAAAUUCAGAUUUUUUUCAAAUAUCAAAUAAAUUUAGAAAGUUGGAAAAAAACGGAGAAAAUCUGAUGUGGUAUCAACGGUAAGAAUAGUUUAGAUCGAUAGAAUACGUGUGUCAUUUUUUUUCUUUUUUUUUCUAAACCGAAAUCCUUUGUUCGUUGUUUUGUUGAUUUAUUCAUUCAACCUGAUAACGAUAUUUUGUAUAUAUGGAUUAUAUUUCAAUUUUCGAUAUUUUUAGAUUCACUGUGGUCAUCGAUUUCAUGCUGAUGUUGUUCAUGUUCCAACUUAUUGUGAAGUUUGUAAUCAAUUAAUUUGGCAUCAUGAAAAACUGUUCAUUUGCGUUGCUUGUCGAAUAUCUUGUCAUAAGAAAUGCCAACCGAAAGUAACACAUCCAUGUCAAAUGCAAGGCAAAAAAAUUGAUCCACAUGUGAGUAAAAGGAAGGGAGGGAAAAUGAAGAAGAAAUGAACAGUACCUUUGAAAUAGUAUAACUAAACUCGAGAAAAAAUUAGUCCAAAAAUUUGAAACUUUUAUCUGGGGAUUCUGAUACAAAAUCCUGUAGGGGCCUUUAAUAAUUUGGGGGUUUCAUUUGAAACUGCUUUCGAUAUUCAUCUCACAUUUUUCAUUUUAGAGCGGAGGUGGCCGAUUCUUUGGAGCAUCUUUGAGUUCAAUUGUUGACAAUGAAAACAGUGUACCAAUUCUUUUGGAUCGUCUAUUUUUCGCAAUUGAAACUCGCGCACUUUUUGUUGAAGGAGUUUAUCGAAAAUCUGGUUCACUCCCACAAGUUCGAAACAUUCGAAAGAUAAUUGAAUCAACAGCUGAUGCAGAAUCAAUUAAUUUCGAUGACACUGGUGUUCAUGUUUUAACAACAUUGGUCAAAGGAUUUUUCCGAGAAAUGAGUGAACCAUUAAUUAUAUUUGAUCUAUAUGAAAACUUUUUGAAUGUAUCAGGUAUGAAAAUUAUCAUCUUUCUUUUUUUUUAAUAAUAUACAUUUUAUAGAAGUGGAAGAUAUUGGUGAACGUAUUCGAUGUUUAUCAGUUAUGAUAGAACUUUUACCAAAACCAAAUCGAGCAGUUCUUGAUCGUCUUAUGUAUCACUUAGCACGUGUAGCUGAUCAAGAAGCAGUUAAUAGAAUGGGUUGCAGUAAUUUAGCAGUUAUAUUUGGACCAUGUGUUUUACGUCGACAAGAUGUUGCACAUGCACAAGAACAAUUGAAUGAUGUUGCUAGACAAACUGGAUGUGUUCAAACUUUGAUUGAAGAAAAACUAAAACAAUAUAAAGCAACUAUUAAUAAUAUUGUUGAACUUGAAGAUGCGAGUCAGAAAGUAUCAGCAAAUCUUCGAAAGAUUGAAGAACAUCGUAGAAAUAGUGAACCAUCAAAGGUUGCUAAUAUUGGAACAGCUAAACAACUUUUCGAAGAACAACUCGAAUUUCUUGGAAAACAAAAGUAUUUUCAUAUUUUUUAUAUUUCCAAAAUAUCCGCCUAAAUUUGCAGAGAACGACUUCUACAAGAACUUCCACCACUUGCACCAGUUGCUUCUUCAGAAGAUUUAUCAUCAUCUGAUGAAAAUAAUGCUGGAGGAUUAGCAUCUUCUUCCCAAUCAGUUGAAGAAUAUGCAAUCGAUCUUGAUGCGCCACCAGUUUUUUGUUUAUUAGUUUAUCCAACAAAACAUCGGCCAAGAGGGCCAUUAAAUAGGCGAAGACCUGAUUUGGAUUUGAGAAGAAAAGCAUUUGCUAACUCGAAAACUUCUAAUAAAACGGUUUACUAUUGA